CCGGAGCGGCGAUUUCAACCAUCAGGUUCGAUUCUGACACCGCCGCCGCCGCCGUCGGUGGUAGGGUUCCGCGAUGGAGCAGCCCUCCUCCGCCUCCUCGCCGGCUGCGGCGCCGAGGCGGUCGCCGGCGAUGAUGAAGCUGCGGAGGGAGACGCUGGAGUCGGUGCUGGAUGAGCUACGGCGGGCGCUUGAUGGCCUGCGCGAGGGCGGCGAGCUCGGCGCGUCUCGCGCUGACGACUCCCCGAGAGGCAUUAACGGUGGAGAAGAGGAGCCGACGGAUAGCGAGGAAGGCGGCGACGGGGGAGGAGCCGGAGUUGGUGAUGACGACCCGGCGCUGUCGCUGGCGGGCGACUCUGACGGUGAGACGGGCCAGAUACGUGAUCUUAAAUCUACAUUUGAAUCACCCCAUUUUUUUCAAAAAGUUGAUGAAAUUCAGAAGUCACUGUAUCAAAAAGACGCAGUGGAACAAGAUCCAUCAUGGAAUAUAGUAAUGGCGGUAGAUUCGUGGGAAGGUGAUGACUUUGAUGAUGGAUACGUUCUUGUUAAGAACGAUGAUGCAACUGAGGGGAUGGCUUUCUUUGUAGCCACAUACAUAUCAUCGCUUAAAACAGCCAAUGAAUGUUCCCCCGAUCAAAUUAGAAAAGCCCUCAAGAAGACAUUUUCAGCUCGAAAGAGAAAAGGUAAACUUAGGAAGGCAUGGGAUGGGUCAAAAGUUAUUUAUAAUGUAGCUUCAUGGAGUGCCACAGCUAUUGGCAUCUACCAUAAUCAAACAGUUCUUAAGGUGGCAACAACAGCCUUUCGGACGUCGUGCAGCGUGAUAUCCAAAUUUCUUUGAAUGACCGCUAUUACCGGAAUGCUUCCCGUCAUCAUGAGGUCUAAUACUAAUGUAAAAGCACUUCAACUCUGAUGCUAGAAGCUCUAUUCAUUGUUCUGCCACUGUAAGCUUAAUAUUUUUUCGACCUAACUGUCAAUAUACCAUUCUUUUGAAUAAAGUUAGUGUUGGAAUUAACCUCUGCUAGUUUGGUUGGAAAUCAA